AUGUGGGUGCUAUUUGCAGGAUAUACGAUUUCCGGUGUCGGAGGCAGAAAUUCACAGAAGCAACGAUUUGAGGCCCUCAUUAACAGCGUGAAAUGGCCAGGUCAUAUCACACGCAUUCCAAAGAAUCUUGGCGAGAACCAGACACUCAAGAAGGAUGAUGAAUGGAGACACCUCCUCACGAUUGCCCACAUCCUUCUCUGGUGGUCUGGGAGGGAUGAGGAUGAUAAUAUCCCCGAUAUUGAGCCACCCCUUCCUCCAAAUACGCAGGCUCCUGAUUUCACACGGAAUUGCCAAUGCAUAUAUGAUGCUAUCUUGCUGCUGUGUGCCGCUUACACUCUUAUGCUUCCCCCUCAUGCCAAUGCUACAGAACAUCAAACGCUGAAUGGAAUCAUCAAGAAUCAAGCUCAGCAGCGAGGAAGUAUGAUGACAGAGAUUGCCGUGUAUCGAAGUGAAGCAGCUCAUGAUAAUGUCCGGCUCCCACUCCGUCAGGCAAAGUUCAUUAAUCUCCGAACUUUGGACCUGAUGGUAUCCUGUAUCCCCUGA